CAGAAAUCAUUUUCAAAGAAAUUUGUUUAUGUGAAUUCACAAUUGGAUUAACUUCGCUCUUCUUUGUUUAGUAUUUAUUUAACAAUAAUAUGGAUUCGUCUGAAAGCCAAUCGCAAAUGGAUGACCAAGAUGCUCGCAUACUGCGUCUGCAAAAUCUGAUCGAAAAGAAUAUUGAGAUAGAGCAACAAAUCGAAAACAACACCAUCGGAGAGUCUAUCACGGCCAUAGAGGAAAUCAUUCAGACAGCCAACGAUAUCAGCAAGGGACAUGAAGACCGCCGUACAAACUCCACGGAACUUGUCCUGGACACGGAGCUACUGCGUCGCAAUUUCGAAGUUGUGGGAAAAGCUAUCCAACAUAACACCAACGUCACGGAUCGAAUGGUGGCCACGGCGAUCAACGAUUUGGUUUUCAAAGAGAGCGAAGAAGAUUGGGAUGCUCUUUGUUCAUUGGCUAUUCAGUUCGGAAGACCACUCUUCACCAAUGAUAGCAUGCUGCCCUUCAUAGAUGUUACUCCAAAGGUGGUGGUUCAAAAGCAACGUGCUCCUCGCAAAACGAAAUCUCAAGUAGAUGAGAAGCGUCCAGAAAAGAGUGACCAAUUGGAACGCAAGGACGAAGGAGCAGCGUCCGUAACCCACAUGCUGAAGCAAAUAAGACAAAUAUAUCGAGAUGGCAAUCAAGAGCCGAUUCCGUACUUUAAACUGAUUUGCAAUCCAAACAAUUUUAUGGACACCGUUCAGAACGCUUUGCAACUGUCGUUUCUUGUCAAGGAGAACUAUAUUUCCAUCGAAAAUGGCGAGGAUGGUUUGCCAUUGGUUCGCGUUGUGAAUUCCAAAUCGGUCGAAGGAAACGCACCGUCCCAGGCUAUUUGUUCCAUCGAUGUUACCUUUUGUGAGAAAAUGGUAAAGCACUACAACCUACAUGAGCCAAUGUUAAAAAGACUUCCGGUUAGUGAGAAAUAGAUAUAUCACUUAGUUCAUAUUAAUAGUUUAUAUUGUUAUUAAUAAAACACAUAGAACGUUUAAAGUUACUCAUGUACGGCAUAAAUAAUCGGGUAAUUGAAAGUGUUCUUUCCCCCAAACAUUAAGUAAUUAACGUAAUAUCAACACAAAAUCAUUAAAUGAAUUUUAUUACUCAAGCAGUUACUUCAUAGUUCAAACACUUCCCCCAAUAUUUUACUACGAAUCCGCCCCUGCCAUUAUGUCAAUUUUUAUGACCGCCUACAAAUUGUGAAAUAUGUAGAAGGGGCACUUGUGAAGUUAUAGCAAUAUAAAAUGUAUGUAUGUUAUAUUUAGGAACUAAAUAUUAGUUAAGUUGUUUACUUAUAACUUUAACCAGUUUCGGAUUAUGUUCUUAAUCCGUUUUUCCUGGUCUCAAUGGGUG